UCACACACUGCAGAUCACAACGCAAGUAGGUUCAAAACGGACAGACGGCUUAUAUCGGGAUAUCAAACGUCUAAUUUAAUUGUCUAUUUAUUUAUUCUUAUCCGUUUAUCUUUUUGAGCUACGAUUUACGUUUCGUUAAAAUGAGGCGAACCGGGAGUCUGUGCACAAUUGAAGAAAUGAAAUGGGACGACAGAGUGAACGGGCGCAGGAGGCUCAGACUCACUCUCCACGACCAGAACCAACAGCAACCAAUCACGGAAAAGCCAAUUGGCAGAGCUUUUGCUUUGGUGCAGCCAAUCAAUGAAAGGCAGCCACAGAAGACCGAGUUGAUCAAACCAUCUGAGGGUCCUGUUGAAGUCAUUAAGGUUUAUCUCGACGAGCGCAAACAAGCCCAAGCCAGGCACCAACAAAGUGUAAAAAUGCUCUCAGAAGAAGUUUCACAAAUACAAGAGGUGAGAUAUUGUCUGAAGAACCUCAGAGAGCAAAUGGCAGCUAAAAGUCACAGGUCUGAACACAAGCUGUUUUUGUCUGGUACUGGCUCCAGAGACGUUAAAGGUACUCACACAGUACUAACAAAGGCUCCAGAAAGACAGGAAAGCAUGGAUGAACAUGAACGAGAGAAGAUGAGAGAGGCGAGUAAGCGUCUGUACGCUCAAAUGCAGGAUGCAGAAAAGCAACACCAGGAAGAAAGAGAUAGACUGAUGGCGGAAGCUCGACAGUACAAGCAGCAGUUAUCUGAGCAGACAGACUAUCUGAAUAAAGUUCAGAAGACUAAAGAGCAGCAGGAUCAACAGAUCGAAGACCUCCAACGUCUCAUGAGCGGUAUGGAGCAGGAGAGCUCCUCUCUCAGAGAUCAGCUGAUGACCAGAGAAGCUCAACUCAUGCAGCUACGAGAACAGAGCGAGGAGAACCAAAUGGGAAGAGAGAGGUCAGAAGAGCUGGAAAAGGAAAACGCCAUUCUGAAAGAGAAGAUUCACCACUUAGAUGACAUGCUGAAAAGUCAACAGAGAAAACUCCGGCAAAUGAUUGAACAGCUUCAAAACUCUCGCAUGGUGAUCCAGGAGAGGGACAGAGUGAUCAGAGAGCUGGAGGAAAAGGUGUCCAUGCUGGAGGCGGAGAACAAACAAAUGCGUGAUCAGAUGGAUUACUACCUGGAGAAUCAGAGGUCAAACUCAUACCUGCCUUCAGAUAGCAACGCCCAGAUUGUUUACAGCAAGCCGCUGAGACCUUCCACCCAGAACAACAAGAGUCUACCAUUCAUCAAGGUCAUUGAAAUCAAAUCGUGAAGGUUACCACGGUAACAUUACAGCACUGCUGUGACAAAGCACCAUCCUUCAGCAACCGUUGGAGGUGAAGGGUCCACAAGCACCAUUGCACAAUGACACACACCAUCACCAAAGGACAUUGUGAUUGCUUAAUGUCCUUGUAUUUUGCCUAUUGACCAUUGUUAAAAUGCUUGCAGAGUGACAUUGCAUUUAUGUGUGCAGGAAUAUUAUUAUUGCUGUAAAGCACUCAAACGCUGAAGUAACAGUUUGUUAGGUUUGAUGAAGGACUGUUGAAGUAAAUAAAAAAAAAACAUGAAGACAAGACCGUGAAUGAAGAGUGGAGGAAGGUUAGAUGGAUGCUGAAAUUUUUUGGGGCGGGACCUCCAAAGACGAUGUGGUCCCUCACUGACCAUUAAUGGACAAAUUUGUUGUUAAACUCUCUCAUUGGAGUUUAAUGCAAUUAAGUUCUUAUUCUGUAGAAACACGUGCAGAUGUGUUCAAAGUUCAGAGGCAAAAGAAGGAAAGCAACAUUUCCAAUGAAUUUAUGAAGGAUUGUAAAGUACUGAGUCAUUCUUAGGCAGGGUUUAGGGGUCAAGCAAAGGAUGAUACAGGCCAAGCCCCCAUUUCACAAGCAUGUAACAUGUGCUAUUUUAGUACAGGGCUGUCUGGGAACAUAAAGAGCCUGAAGCAACUUUGUUGUCUUUAGAAAUGUUGCUAUGAUACAGAGACAAUACUAAAGUCAUUUGGUUAGAGGAGGGUGAGAUUCAUGUUUAAUUAACCCUUCUCACUACCUUUGAUGUUAUUUUAAAAUUGAAAUAUAUAUUUAUAACUGGUCUACAUACUUUUCCUAACCAAAGAAACUCGCCUUCGAUGACAAAACAAGUCUUUGUGAACGUUACAUAAGUUUGAAAGAAUGUAACACGUACCCCCCACUGUCCAGUUCAGGCCAAUAGGGCAGAGUGUGUUGACUAGUGAACCGCUGCGGUACUUGUUAGUUACUCAGUUAACCAUCUGUGAUAUUCAAUAAACUUGUUUAUUGUACGUAAAAGUUAAUUGAGAACUGAUGUGACUGGUUGGAGCACCUGCUCUCCUCAAAUAAAACAGCAGCGUACAUUGAAACAGUGAAUAUUAUUAAUAACAGAUUAUUUAUAUUUAAAGCAAUAAUUUAAUUUCAAACAGAGAUGUUGAAAUAUGCAUUUCAUUGCCGUGUUAUCCAAGUUCAUGUUUGUAAAUACUUUUUUGUAUGCUUUUUUCUUUGUGUGAACCUUAUAUGUAUUCUUGAGUUUGUGAUGGCAAAUAACAUCUUGUUGCUUAAUAUUUUUGUAGUAAAGUGAUUUUCAAAGCUUAAAUUAAUACGAAUGCACCUUAUGUAUUUUAUUUAAAUAAAGUAGUUUCUCAA